AUGACUUCGGUGUACUCAGGGCUUCGGACUGCUUCGAUACGCAGCUUCCGUCCCUGCCGGCCCAUCUCAAAUAUCGCCCCCAUAGCAGCACGGAGCAAAUCGCGUUGCCAGCAUGGCAUCCAGUGCUGCCGCGGCUUCUCGAGUUCGUCAACUUUUCACAAUACAGACCCUCGAAGCCCCUCCACCGAUAAACCUGAUGAUGCGAGCGUUGCGAGCGGCGAGACGGAUGCACCCCUGCUUAAGAAGCGCGAAAAAGAGUCGGCCAAGGGCAAAUACAACCUGUACGGAGAUGACUGGGAGGACUCGGUCGACUUCGCCAUCAAGUCAUUCGAGGACCUCCCGCAUCGCCUGUUUGGUGUCAAUCAGCACAUGAUCAUCAACUAUGAACUGAAAGAAGCUCUGCGUGUCAUGCUGCGUCAGUUCAACGCGCCCAUUGUCUACUGCUUCGCGUACGGCUCAGGCGUGUUUCCGCAAGGAGAGCUUGGCCGCAGCAUCAGCGAUGCCGAGUUCCGCGCCGUGCACCCCAAGCCGCCUGCUGCCCUGGUAAUGGCGCAAAAGGGGUCGCCUAAGAUGAUCGACUUCAUCUUUGGCGUCUCGCACACGCAGCAUUGGCAUUCACUAAACAUAAAGCAACAUCGGAAGCACUACUCGGGAAUCGCCUCGCUCGGCUCGGGCGCGGUCUCUCAUGUGCAAAACUGGGGCGCCGGUGUCUACUUCAACCCCUUCAUCGAGAUGAAUGGCAUGCUGAUUAAAUACGGCGUCACCAGCAUCGAUAAUCUGGUGCGCGACCUCUCCACGUGGGAUAAUCUAUACUUGGCUGGCCGCCUGCAAAAGCCAGUCAAGAUUCUACGUGAUCACCCGCAAGUGCGCCUGGCGAAUCAGCACAACUUGAUUGCGGCGUUGCGCACAGCGAUGCUCCUUUUACCUCCGGAUUUCACCGAGUCGGAACUUUACAGCACCAUUGCUGGCCUUAGCUACCUUGGAGACCCACGCAUGGCUCUCCCUACAGAGAACAAGAGCAAGGUCGACAACAUUGUGAGCAACAAUGUGGUGCACUUCCGUCGACUCUACGCCCCGCUGGUCAAGACGCUGCCCAACGUGGCAUUCACCGGGCCCUGUCGACUCGACGAUGAAGAGUGGGUGCUCGACGAGAGUGGCGACAAUAAGCUACAGCAGGACAUGGACCCGAUCAAGCGCGGCAACAUGGUGCGACGUCUCCCGUCAAGUUUCCGGUCGCGGCUGUACUUUCAGUACCAGAAGAAGUUUGCGAUUCCUCGGGAAGAAUUCUCAAUCAUGAUGCAGGCUACGCGAGACGACGACCCCUCGUCGAACAAGCGACGUCAAGGCGGCGAGUUUGACCGAAGGAUAGCCGCAGACAGGCCGGAAGAGCUGCAGGCACUGGUUCGGCAGGUGAUCAAGCAGACUGUCAACUGGCCGAGCACCAGCCAGAGUAUAAAGGGUUUCCUGAUGGGUGGCUGGGGCAGGACGUAUCGUUAUUUGAGGGAAAAGUAUGACAAGUGGAAGCAAGGGAAGAAGGAUGAGGCCAAGAAGAGUGGCGAGCCAAAAGACGGAGAGAAAUAG